UAAUGAUACAAUGGAUUUCGAUGAAAGCAAACCGUUUAUCUAUGAUAUGCCGGUUAUUGUCCGCGAAUUUAUAGCCGAAGUUUUGGGAACAUUCGUUCAAAUUUUAUUAGGACUGUGCUCUCUGUUUGUGGUCAACAUAUUGCCCAGUUAUGCGACCAGAAUUUAUACAGAAUCGGGUUAUGAAUACUGUAAAAGUCUACCAAAAAAUGAUACGUCUUGUUUGGGCCGAAGACAGUCUACAAUAGUUUAUAAUAUUGAUUUAGUUGGCCUUAAGAUAAUAAUGAUUGCCUUUACGUGGGCUUCCGGUACGUUUGCUGGACUUGUCUUGUCGUUACCGAUAUCCGGUGGUUAUCAUAACCCUGGUAUCAGUAUUGCAAUGGCCACUCUUUCACGUUUGAGUUGGAAAAGUCUGUUACAUUUGCUACCGGCCCAGUAUUUAGCUGUUAUUCUAAGUGCCGGUUCCACACAUCUAAUGUUUUAUGAAUAUAUGCCAACCCCUGAACUAAAAGAGUUUUACAUCGGUUACGCAAUGAUACCGUCACCUCAUAAGGAAAUCAAUGGACUGACAAUGUCUUUCAUCGAUAGUUUUAUUUCAUGUUUUCUCUAUUCGUUGGUAUUGUUCGCCACAUUAGACACAAAAGGCAAUCCAAUGGGCCGUCACUUUCAGCCCAUUAUGUGUUCAUUUUUUCUCUUCAGUCUUAUCUUUUUUCAUGUGAUCAACAAAAACGGAGUUCCUUUUAAUCCGGCACGCGAUUUAGGGACACGACUGUACGCGGCUUUUAUAGUGGGCUUUGAAAAGGCUUUCGGACAAUUUUCUUAUUUGUUUUGGUUAUCACAACAAUUGUCAACAGUAUUAGGCUUUAUAUGCGGCGCUUGGAUUUACGUCACCUUUUUUGGUCUACCGGAGACCACUCUAGUACUCGGAGACGAACCUAACAAAAAAGUGUCAGAUUAUCAUAAAAUUAAGACAACUGUCAAUCAAAAGUCAGAUAAAACCAUAAAAAGUCCUUAA